UCUAGUCAAUUUUGUACAGUUUAGUUGUCCCCACCCCCUCACUUCCCUCCUGUUAAUCCUCCAGCAUCAGCAGGCAGCAGCAGACACCGAGGCUAACAAAGCGCUACUUUGACUUCAGUUGAACAGAUUUUCAACCAAUCACUACCGAUGGCAGCAAUUAGGAAAAAGCUGGUUAUAGUGGGAGAUGGAGCCUGUGGGAAGACCUGCCUGCUCAUUGUGUUCAGUAAGGACCAGUUUCCUGAGGUCUAUGUGCCCACAGUGUUCGAGAACUAUGUCGCUGACAUUGAAGUUGAUGGCAAACAGGUUGAAUUAGCACUCUGGGACACAGCAGGUCAAGAGGACUAUGACAGACUUCGCCCACUCUCUUAUCCAGACACUGAUGUCAUUCUCAUGUGCUUCUCCAUCGACAGCCCAGACAGUCUUGAGAACAUCCCUGAGAAGUGGACCCCCGAGGUGAAACACUUCUGCCCCAACGUUCCCAUCAUACUGGUGGGAAAUAAAAAGGAUCUGCGUAACGAUGAUCACACUCGGAGGGAGCUAGCCAAAAUGAAGCAGGAACCUGUGAAACCAGAAGAUGGGCGGGAUAUGGCCAACAGGAUCUGUGCCUUCGGAUACAUGGAGUGCUCUGCAAAAACAAAGGACGGCGUGAGGGAAGUGUUCGAGAUGGCCACCAGGGCCGCACUACAGGCCAGGCGGGGAAAGAAGAGCAAUAAAUGCGUCCUACUGUAAAUUGGGGCAUGAGGACUGCUUCCUGCAGGGGGUAAAAGAAGGAGAAUUAGGUCAACCCUACCCCCAUGUAAACACACAAAGACUGUUCUCCCCUGUUUUUACUAAAGGUGUAAUGCUUCUACUGUUUUUGUCUUAAGCAAAAGUUGUCAGGUCAUCAGUAUUCAACUUUAAGGUUAUGAAUAAAACUUUUUUGUACUUUUAACAUGAGUAAACCUUGCCAUAUUGAAAGCUCCUUAAACACGUUGUAUGUAAUUGUAAAGGUCAGCCCAGGGACCUGUUGUGUCAUUCUUGCAAACUACAGUUAAGUGCUUAAGCCCUGCCUGCUGAUCUGAGGAAUGUGCCCACAGCCCACUAGGGUGGAGUACCUGCACACUGUGACCUGUAGUCCUUUAACUAUUCCAACAAACCGAUGCAUGCAUUGGGUCUAAACUCAGCAGCGUGCCUAUUAUUAAGAAAAAUCAUUGGUGCAUUGUGAUCACGUGCACAUUAUACUGGAAACUGGUUUUGCUAAACACAUAAGUGUUUUAUGUAAUAAAUUACUUUGUAAGAAUCUUGAUAAUUUGCCUGACUUGACUGAGAAACACUGAAUGAGGACCAGAACUUAAAUGUAAUACCAGCUUCAGGCUUUUUUUUUUUCUUGGGUUAAACUUUCAUUGUUGGCCAGUUGUUGGUUUUUUUCUUCUUCUUGUUUUUUUUGCAUAUGCAUUUUAAUGUUUGUCAGGGGGUUCUGACUCAGCCAUAGUGCAAGAAGUGCACAGAUGAUAUAUGGUGGGUCUUACAGAUUGAUACAAGCCACUCCUUUAGCUUUUUGUCUUGUCUGUGGAGCCUGAUUCAUUUUUGUCGAAGCAACUUUUGAUAAGCCCUGGAACUACUUAGUAAAAUAUAAAUUAUAUGUAACAAUCAUGGUAACAGUUUGAAAAAAAAAUAAAGUCGUCAGUGCUCCCUGGUGGACAAAUCA